AUGAAUUCAACUACUAUAAAACAUCAUUUUGCCCUUCAAGAUAGCUGUAAUGCAUCUUCUGAAAGUCUAUUACUGUGCUGUCAAGAUACAUUAUUUAUGAAUGGCAGUAAAGGAAUACUGCAUGCUAUACUUAAUGGCGUUGUGAUUCAGACAUGGAAUCUUGGCAAUAAUGUCAAACAACUUGUCGCUUGUCCAGAAUCCAAUAAUGGUCAGCGGGUUUGUAUAUUAGCAAGGACCGAGACCCAAGUGUGGCACCUAACUCUCGCCAAAACAAUAUUAAUGGGCGAAAAGAAAAGAGUUAUGCCUUGUGGAACUCUACAAUUUCUUGUAAAAUCACGACAGGCUGCCUUGCCAAGAAAGUAUAAUAUUUGGGUUAGACGACGGAUCGAUUUAUUCAAGAGACUUAAGCACAGCGUCUACUCAAGAUCAUUUAAUAUCCAAGAUAAAACUGUAUCGAAGCAUAACAAUGAUAAAAUAAUGGUGUAUGAUACUAUGGUACUUAUCAGAUCUGAAAACACAAUGCAAGUAUAUUCAAGCAUAGUAAAAAAAGAGAAGCAAACUGUCUCCUUUCAAGAAUUUCUAUUGCCUUCUCCAGUUGUACACUCAGUGUCUUUUCGGGAUGAGUCUGUAUUAUAUGUAGGGAAGAAUGGAAGAAUAUAUUAUAUCAGUUUUUUGCCAAAGUACCAAGAUAAAAAACAUGAAUCAAUUGUCAGUAUAGACAUUAUUGUUUCUCCUUUAAAAAAAUUAGAGGAUGUAUCUCGUAUCUGCACAGUGGAUACUUCACAAUAUAAUAAAAUUGUUAUUGCAGCUCUCCAAAAGAAUAGAACCUUGACAGUUGCCGAAAUAGACUCUAGCUCUUCCGAAAAAUUACAAUCAGAGCAAAGUGAUUUGAGAGAAUCUAUACGACAAAUUCUCAAAGAACUCUCAGAGUGUGAAAAUUUAGCUAAAGAAAUGGACGAGGAACAUCAGGCUGUCAAUGAAAAGUUAAAAGAUAUCAAUUCCACAUUAUUUUCACUUCAAAGUAUAAAGCAACACAAAGAAACUUCUGAAGCAUUCAAGUGUGAAAUUAGACCAAUUCUUAUUUCUCGUCCAGUAAAAGAGAUGAUGUUUUCUGAUAUGGCACUCCGUGUUCGUAUAAACGUUCCACUGUCAAUGAAUUGGAAAAAAUGGCAACUACAUAUUAGCCUCAAUGAUCAAAAGCCUUUGUCUCAAGAAAUGAUUUCAAUUGAAAGAGGGCUUCAAGGGUCUGUACAAGGAAAAACGUUGACUACGCCUCUUCUUGGCCUCGACAAGCUGCGCAAAUGGGAACAUGACAUACCAUUGCCCACAAAUACAUUACAAUUUCCAUUGGAAGUAACAGCGAGUCUUUCAUAUUCACCUAUGGAACAAUUCCUUCCAACCGAAAAGCGUAUUGAGAAUCUAUAUAGUAAUAAUGAAUCCCCAGUGGUCUUUUCUGUAUAUCAAAUGACAAUCGAUGACUUGCAUUUUGCUGUCCCAUGUAGCUCUGAAAUGAUUUCGAGUAUAAAGUCCUUUGGUCUUUGGUCAGUCACUGAGCGACUGCAACCAGUUUAUUUUAACCAUUGUCUUAUGGAUAAAUCUGGAAACUCUUUGGUUACAAGACUAGAUACUCACUGUUUACGUUCCAAUGACAAGGAGAGCACGACGGAAGAACAAAAACGCCCCAAACUUAUUGAGGACACCACCGAAAUUCAUUUCAAGGUUAUUGCAAAAGAUAAAGAGCAAUCUAAUUUUGUUUAUUGCAAAAUACUCUAUUGUUUACUACAAGAAGGCAGAACAGAAACAAUCUUAAAUGAAAUGCUUUGCGGAGCAGAAAAGGCACUUUUUACGCUUGCCUCGCAUUCUAGCUUUCCAGUCGAACUUAGCCUAUCCAAAAAGUCAACCGUAAUAAACCACGGCCUCGAUGUCACCCUGAAAAUAAAAUGUUACAAUAGUUAUGUCUUAUUUAAAGUAGAGGCAGCUCUCCUAGCAAGAAUCUCUGAUCGUUUGGUAGACCCCAUCAAUGCCCCUCCGAACAAAGAAUUUCAAGAAGAUAUGGCUACUUUUUCCAAGCUACACCGCACGCUUUUGGCUUCUUACACCAAGCUAGAAAGUGAGUUCCAAAAAAGUUCCAGUGACAAAGAUAUUUGGGAUGCCCUGCUGGUUUCUCUUCGGCACAUGCGAGAAAUACAUAAUAAUGUAUUCUAUGUAACACUACGAUAUAUGGUGUCUCAUACCUCCCGUAUAUAUGUCUAA